AUGUCGGCCGCGGCGUCCGCCAGCCGCGGCUGCCCGUCGCUGACGGCCGGCCUGCUGUUGCUGGCGCUCUGCGCCUACCUACGCCCGCGGCUGAAUGAACACGCCGUCGUGCUGCCCGGCGGUACCGCGCUGCCUCGCGAGCAGCAGCUGCUGACGGCCGCCGGCGCCGCCGUCCUCCUCGACAGCGCGCUGGGCCUCUUCUGGGUGCUGGCGCUGGCGACGGCCGCGCUGCUCGUCACGCUCACCAUCCUGCUGGAGGCCCGGCUGCGCGCCUUCCGCGGCGUCUACCACGUCGGCUUCUCGCGCGCCCUGUGGCGCUACGUCGACUCGGCGCCGCUGAAGGAGUACAUCGACCGCACGCAGAGCCGGUACCAGUGCUGCGGCUCGCUCGGCUUCUCCGACUGGUUCGUGAUCGACUGGUAUCCGCUCGGCCUUUACAUCGCCCGCUACCUCAGCAGCGUGCGGCUGCGCGACGAGCUCGCCGCACGCGGCCGCCAGGACCACAGCGCACUGCAGGCGUCAUUCGCGAUGGACCAGUACGGCAGCGCGGAGCACGCCGAGCUCGUGCUGGCGGCGAUCGACGGCGAGCUGCGUCACCAGGAGCUGGACCACGACCUGCUGGAGGCCAAACUGCGUCUGGGCUUCGCCGAGGUGCCGUUCAGCUGCUGCGACCCGGCGUCGCCGUUCUGGUGUCGGCAGAUGCACCUGACGGAGCCCAUGCCGGCCUACACGCCGCCGCAGAACCUGACCAUCUUCACAGCCGGCUGCAGCUCGCGGGUGCCCGGUUUCUUCACCUGGUAUCUGUUCGUGGCCGGUCGGGCGGCGCUGGCCGUGGCGGCGCUCAAGUUACUGACGGCCGUGCUCGCACGCUACGCUCAGUCGUCGGUGGCGAACGCGCUGGAGAGCUUUAGUGGCAAGAACAAAUGA